AUGGCUGAUCUAUUUUGGGACCACUUUCCGUUACAAAGUCGUUACAAAAGCAAUUGCCUGCGAGUGGGCCCGCCACUGAGGAGUAUCGGAGAGUUUUAUCGCACCAUGGCCAGAGCUCGCAGCCUGCUGGAGGGAAGCGACGGAGGUGCGAUGGCUCGGCUGCUGCUGGAGGAGGGGAAGAAGAAUCUGAGAGAUGCUGCUCUAGCCGGUCAAGACCUCAGACUCCUCAAGGCCUCCUUUGCUCUCCUCGAUGCGGCUGACUUGAGCUCAGCUCGACUCGACGACGCCGAUCUGUCGGAAGCCUCUGCUCGAGGGUGCCGGAUGCUGAAGGCGCAGGCUAGUGGGGCGAGGCUAAGAGGCGGAGACUGGCAGGGGUCAGAUUUUGAGGGAGCUCAACUGCAAGAAGCGGAUCUAUCGGGCUGCAACUUCAAAGACUGCAAUUUUACCAGCGCGCAUAUUGCAGGUGCAAGUUUGAGAAGCAGCAAGGUGGAUGGCUCGAGAUUUGAGGAGAUUGAUCCUCGAGCACAGAGAUGCGAUUUGUCUUUCGUCUGCCUGUCAGGCUUGUCGCUCAAAGGAAUUGACUUCUCCGGUUCCUGCAUGGAAGGCGUGGACCUCUCCGAAUGCCUUGUGGAGCAGUGCGACCUGAGCAGGGUGAAGCUUGUCAAGGCAAACUUGCGGGGAUGCAGAUUCCUCGACGUGAAGCUGACCAGAGCAAAUUUGUCGCAUGCUCGAGCAGCUGGUUCGAGUUUCAUCUCGUGCGAUUUGAGCCAUGCAGAGCUGGACGACGCGGAUCUGAGGUACUGGAGGAAGCGCGUCUCGGCUCAAAGAGCAACUCUUGUCCAGGUGGAUGCCUGCGAGAGCAUCUUGGAAUCAUGCAACUUGUCAGAGAGUGACAUGCAGGGUUGCACGCUGGACAGAGCGCAAAUGAGAAGGGCCAAGUUGAAUGGGACGAGGAUGGAGAAGAGUUCCUGCAUAGCUGCUGACUUCGACGGCUCGGAGGGAGAAGGACUACGUGCGAUGAACUCAAACUUCUCCUCUGCUCAUGUGACCAACUGUUCCUGGCGAUCUGCCAAGCUCAUGGGCUGCGACUUUUCGCACGCUCACUUGUACUCCUCCGACUUUUCGCAUUCGGAUCUGCAGGAAGCUCUUAUCUUGCAAGCCUUGUGGGUGUACGAGCAACAAGAGGGCGAGGAGGGACCAUCGCAUGGGUCGGCACGAGAAACGCCCAGACCAGCGGAGCUUUCUGGGGCAAACCUGCAAGGAGUGGAUCUAAGAAUGACGAACUUGCGAGGGGUCAGCAUGCACAGAGCGCGCAUGGCGUAUGCGAACUUGGAGGGCGCGAGGAUGGAGGAGGCGGACUGCUCUCAUGCGGACUUGACAGGCGCUUGCUUGACUGACUUGCGAGGAAGCAAUGUGAAGGGAGCAAAGCUGCGGGGAUGCUUCCUGUCCUCUACUGCCCUCCAGCUUGGCGCGCUGGAAGAGACGCACCCGGACAUGUCAAUGGUCCGGAUGCCGAACGUCAGCAUGUCAAACAAAACUUUCGUGUCGAAAACCUUCGAUCGAGCUGAUCUCAACCAAGUUGACUUCUCCUUGUCGAGCUUUCUCCGAUGCUCCUUCGUCCGCGCGAAGCUUGGAGGAGCAAAACUUGACAACUGCGUGCUGGAGGACUGUCGCCUUGACGGAGCUGACAUGACGGACGUGAGCAUGGAUGGCGCAACCUUAUCGUCUUGCUCCCUGCUUGACGUCUCCCUUGACCGAGCUCGCGUCCGUCGGUCUGGACUCCAGCUGACUAGCUUGACACGGGCAGAAUCGAAGGGUGCGAUCUGGGAGGACGUGGAGCUGCGAGAAUGCGACCUAUCCUGUGCUCGGCUGGAGGGCUCAAAGUUCGCGAGGUCGAGGCUUGAGGGCGUGAACAUGCGGGAAAGUGACAUGAGGGGCUGCCAAUUCGAUGCCUGCGAUGUCAGCGGGGCCUCGUUUGCGCGAUGCGACCUGCGAAGGUCUCGAUGGACAAGCUGCAAAGGUUCUCGGGCUCAUCUAGAGUUUGCCGACAUGUCGCAGAGCUGGUGGGAGGAGUCCGACUUGAGCGAAGCGUUCCUUGCCGGGGCUGACCUGCGGGAAAGUCGCCUGCGAGCUGUCAAGGUGGAGCGCAUCGUGUGGCAGGACGGCAACGUGAAAUGCGAUCUGUCGCGGGCAGACCUGGAGGGGAUGGAGAUGGAGGGGGCGAACCUCGCAGGCGUGAGACUGGAGGAGACGAACUUGAGGGCAGCCGUGCUGCGAGGAGCCUUGCUGGUGAAGAGCAACCUGUGCGACGCCAACCUCUGCGCUGCCUGCCUGGACCAGGCAAAUCUUGCAGGAAGCGACUUGACUGGAGCAAGGGUGUCGUGUGUGUCGCUCAAUGACGCAAACAUACAAGGAGCAAACUUGACGCGGGUUGUAUGGAAGAGAAAGGAGGAGGAAGAGGAGGUGAAGGGGAAGGAGCUGGAACUGAACUUGAGCAUGGCAGACCUGACAGGCGCCAUGCUGAAUCACGCUGACCUCACUCGCUGCAACCUCAAAGACGCUGUCCUGACCAACACGCAGCUUUUUCAUUCUCCGCGAAAACAAUCAGACAUGAAGAGAGCACGAGCCACCGGUCUUGAGAAGAGAAAGACUUAA